CGAGUUUCCUAAGAUUCUCGAAAGUUUCCUCUCUGUCCGUUGUACGCAUGCAAAAUCCAAGAAACUUGGAUUAAUCAUUAUCGCCUCUGUUUUUAUGUCAUAGAUUUAAGUGGAGUAAUGCUAUCGGCCGCAUUAACGAGAGUGAAAAUUCGACCAAAUAUUUAAGCGAGUUAGAGAUAUCGUUGAAAGGGGGGGUCUUGCAAGCAUUCGCGCAGUCUCUGUAGAACAAAUCGGGCGAAAAAGUGCCACGAUAUUCGACGUGAGGUGAAGCCUAAGAGCACGAGAACAGAAGAAGCAAAGACAGUUUUUACUUCAAACAUGCUUGCAGUUGUCGAAAUAGAUACGCAGCUUCGCACGAGACUCUUUGACGAGUGAUUUCUCCAUUUCUCAGAGUCGAUCGACGGUGAUCGAGAACGAAAGGAUUCUCGGAGUGAGGGUGAGAGGGAGGACUUGGGAACUUGUACUCCGGGAGACUUGUACUCCGAGGGGCCUCCGUCUCGGACAAGGGCGCUCCUCGCUGCGCCAUCGAGCCCCUGUUGCUGGAAUUAAUUCCGAUCACUCUUGCUAAAACAAUGGCUGCUACUUUCGAUCAAUAUGACAAGUCCAGUUGGUAUUUUGGUGCAAUGUCACGACAAGAUGCCUCGGAUUUACUCAUGGGUGAGAAAGAAGGCGGUGUGUUCUUAGUACGUGACAGCACAUCAAUACAUGGGGAUUUUGUUCUAUGCGUGCGAGAGGACAGCAAGGUUAGCCAUUAUAUUAUAAAUAAAAUUCAGCAGGGUGAUCAAAUACGUUAUCGGAUUGGAGAUCAAACGUUUCCUGAUAUUCCCAACCUUUUGGCUUUUUACAAAUUACAUUAUUUGGACACAACGCCACUGAUCAGGCCUGCACCUAAAAAGACACAGAGGGUAAUAGCAAAAUAUGAUUUUGAAGGCAAUGACCCUGAUGACUUACCUUUCAGGAAAGGAGAAAUUCUUACAAUUAUAUCAAAAGAUGAAGAACAAUGGUGGACUGCUAGAAACAGCCUUGGUCAGACUGGUUCAGUUCCAGUUCCAUACGUUCAGAAGUACGAAGAAGACAGUCACUCUGUGAUUGAAAAUAACUCACGAUUGGAAAGCGGAGGAAGUUCAACUACAAAUUCUAAUUCGAUUUCUGCUUCCCAAAUGUCCUAUCCAGAAAGUGGACAGGGGACUACCCGCAGAUCAAACAUCCAGCGAACAUUGCCCGCGUUUGCGAAAGUGAAACAAGCAAGGGUACCAAAUGCAUAUGAUAAAACUGCUUUGAAAUUGGAGGUUGGAGAUGUGAUAAAAGUAACAAAGACUAAUAUAAAUGGUCAGUGGGAAGGUGAAUUGCACGGCAAAGUUGGGCACUUUCCAUUCACGCAUGUUGAGUUUGUAGAUAACGAGACCGGAGAAGACAAUCAGGAGAUUUAAUAUUUUAUAAGUCUUCCAGAUGUGAUGAGUAAAAAGUUGAUUUAAAAUGUUUUAUGUUGGCAAUUUAAGUUUAUAUCAGCAGCUAUGUCUGUGUACUGGUACCUUGAAAUCAGCCUAUUUUAAAAUUUUGCAUACAUUCUUUAACUUAGAAUGUCAGACGUUUUUAUUAAUUGUUAAUCAUACAAUAAUGCAAAAUUCAUAUGAAUAUUUUUUUACAAAUCGUUUAACUUUUCUAGUCACAAGGUAAGAAAUAAUCAUGCAUGCAUAGUCAUAUGUGUAUGAUGAGAGUUACAAAAAGACUCAUUUCUGUUUUAAGCUUUGUACCAGUACAUAUUAUGCUGCUUAGCCAUAAGUUGUGCCACAGAUGGAGCAACAUUUUCUACUAGAAUAUUCUAUUUAAUGAUGGAGCUGUUAACCAUAUUACAAUUGUAAUUAUACAUAAAUUACACUAAUUAUAUAUUACUAUGUAAUUAUAUAAGUUCCGAUUGCUAAGUAACUCUUUUUAAGAGAGCAGAAACUGUGAAUUUAUGUUUAUAAGUGAAUGGUAUUAUAUUGUCAUGAUUGUAAGUUACGCAGUUUACUUGUUAAUAUGUAAUUAUACAAAUUGCAAGGACAUUUAAUUUUGUAAAAAUUAGCAACUUUGAAGUUCCGCUCUGUGCUAUACAUAUUAAUUUUAUUGUAACUACAGUCAUGCAUGAGUUAUUGUAAAUUAUAUAUUAUCAAUAUAUAUAUAUAUAUAUAUAUAUAUAUAUAUAUAUAUUAAUUUCAAUUGAAAUAUUUCGUGAAUUUUUUUAAGAAUAAUAAUUUGGAAGAUUUUUUCUGUUCGACUUUAGAAACUAGCGUAGAAAUAUAGUUACGUAUGUAUAAAUAUAUUUUAAUAUAUAUUACACAAUUAUAUUUGUAAAAAUUGUAAUUUUAUCGUAAAUUUCAAACAAUCAUUUUCUAAUAUUUUUAUAUGAGAAAAAAAACUGGCAACUUUGGAGUUCUGCUCACUAUGAAUGCGUAUUAAUCAUGUUUCGAUAUAAUUAUGUGUAAGCUGUAUGUACGUUAUGUAUAGUUGUGUGAGAACAGAAUUGUAAUUUUCUGCAUUUCUGGAGAGACAGUUGUAAUUGUUUCUUUUCUAUGAUUCCAAAAAGGUACUUCCAUCUUGAAUCUUUAAUAAUGAAGAUCAUAAGAUAUUACAUAAAUUGUAUAAUUUGUACACAACUUUAUCUUUAUGAUUACGUCGUAUUUUCUAAAAAAAAAAAGAGAAAAAGAAAAAAGAAAAUAACUCUAAAACCGAGUUACAUACAAAAGAAAUUUUAUUUACAUACAAAAUGCUUGAUAUUAAUAGUUAAAUUCAAUUAUCUUUGUAAAACAUUUUUAGAAAAUCGAUUGCGAUUGUACAUGAAUUGUGCAAGUGAUUUCUACAGUAUAUAUUUACAAAAUUAGUUCCAGAGUUUGAAGUGUGAUCAAUUUAUCAGUUCCUAAAUAAUUAUAGUUAACUUUCAAAUUGGUCCUACUUUUGUUUCUUGUACAAUUCAUUAAAAUUCACAUAAACGAUAUUAUUUCAAAUUGUCAGUAAUGUACUGUAAAAGGGAAGAGUACAUUUCAACUAACAUUAUCGACAGAUUUGAACAACAAAGCGGAAUUAAAGUUGCAAAAGCAAACUUGUUCAUAUAAUUGCGUGCAUAUUAAUAAAGUAUUAAGACAGUGCAAA